AUGGGUGUGCCGGAUGGAUACGUCGAGGAUUGGCCGCACGCCAAGUGCUGGCCUAAUGUCCCAAAGAAGAAAGGGAAGGCAGGGAGAGGGGAGCAGGGGUCAGGCUGGAUUGAGCGCUUCAUGACGACCAAGCUGUCUGUGGCGGAGCUACAGCUGGCGAUCACCAAGCUGGUGGUCACCUGUGACCUUCCCUUCCGCGUUGUGGAGUCCGAGGCGUUUCGAGAGCUGCUGAUCCUCCUAAACACCAACUGCGCAAAGAAGAACUUCAUCCCAUCUCACUGGACGGUAUCACGCAACACGGUGGUGUUUGCUAAGGCUGCCCUCCAGUCCGCUGUUGCAGAGCUGAUGGCAAAGGAGAGGGAAUUGGGAUGCAAGGUGUCGUUCAGCAUCAACAUGAGGACGGCACCCAACGGCAAGGCAUGGCUUGUGGUGACGGGUCACUGGAUCGACGAGAACUUUCAGCUGCGCACAGCCGUGCUAGAGUUCCGCGAGAUGCUUGGGCGUCAUGGCGGCGAGGAGAUGGCGCAUGUGGUGGAAGAGACGGUGGUGCAAUGGGGGUUGCAGAUGCGUUGUCUUGGUCUCACGACCGAUAACGCCUCUAGCAGCAUUGCCGCCUUCAGGCGGUUGUCGGAGGAGGGGAGUGGUUUGGGCUUCUUCAACUCUCGCAUGCACUUCCGGAAAGUGUGCUUGGCACACGUGAUCAAUCUUGCAGUGCAGGCAGCGUUGAAGGUGGCGACCAUAUGCAAGUUGUUGAAGAUCUUGAGAGCCAUGGCAACGUUGAUUGGAUUGUCUCCGCAGCGCUCGGCGGCUUUCUUCGGCCUUCAGCAGACCUUGAAAGCGCAGGCCAACAACAACAAGAAGCCGUUGAAGCUGGUGCAGGACAGCCCCACGAGGUGGGGUUCCACCUACGACAUGGUCGACCACACCGUUGCUCUGCAGAACCCCAUCACGGUGUACUUUGCCUCUACCCAUGACGACAAGAAGAAGGUAGAGAGCAUGUGCCUGACAGACGCGGACUGGGAGACCUUCCAGGCAUUGAAGACCUUCCUCAGCCCUUUUGCCAAGGUUUCCAAGGUCGCUGAGGGGGCGGCGUACCCGACGGUGUCGAUGGUGGUGCCGUACUACAACGGCUUGAUCGACGCCAUGGAGGCGCGCCUAGCCAAGGGGCCAUCUGCGACGCUGGAGCCGAUGGUCGUGGCGGCGCUCCGCCAUCUGAAGAAGUACGCCUACAUCACCAGCAACGAGUACUCGAUCACCACAUUCCUAGACCCCUCCAUGAAGGCGGCGUGGUUCGACGACGAGCACUGGGAGAAGCUGCAUCCUGACACGCCGAGAAGGGAGAGGCCGCGUCCCUCGUCCGGCGAGGUGAUCACACUGGUACGCGAGCGCGUGGCCGAGUACCAGGCCCGGGCUGCAGAGCUUGCUCCCCGGCCGACCACGCUUACCCCCUCGAGCGGUUGUGGUAUGACAUGA